CCCGCCAGGGCCGAGCGCAGGCGGGCGGGCGGGCGGGGGAGGUGAGGAGUGCGGGCGUGAGUGCAUGUGCCUGGUUCGGUGCACACCCCGCAGGGCGGCAGCGCCAGGGAACCGAGCGCUUUCCAGAGCCCCGCUUCCUCGCUCCGCUUCGGCGGCCGCGAUCAUGUUCCAGCCUGCGGCCAAGCGGGGUUUCACCAUAGAAUCCUUGGUGGCCAAGGAUGGUGGUUCCGGCGGGAGCCCUGGCAGUGGGGGCGCGGGCUCCCAUCCUCUGGCAGUGGCCGCCUCAGAGGAACCGCUCAGGCCCACGGCUCUCAACUACCCUCACCCCAGUGCGGCCGAGGCGGCCUUCGUAAGUGGUUUCCCGGCCGCUGCCGCCGCGGGUGCCGGUCGCUCGCUCUACGGAGGGCCCGAGCUUGUGUUCCCCGAGGCCAUGAACCAUCCGGCGCUGACGGUGCACCCGGCGCACCAGCUGGGAGCCUCCUCGCUGCAACCCCCUCACUCUUUCUUCGGCGCCCAGCAUCGGGACCCUCUCCACUUCUACCCCUGGGUGCUUCGAAAUCGCUUCUUCGGCCACCGCUUCCAGGCAAGCGACGUUCCCCAGGACGGGCUGCUUUUACACGGGCCCUUCGCACGCAAGCCCAAGCGGAUCCGCACGGCCUUCUCGCCCUCGCAGCUGCUGAGGCUGGAGCGAGCCUUUGAAAAGAAUCACUACGUGGUGGGAGCUGAGCGGAAGCAGCUGGCCGGCAGCCUCAGUCUCUCUGAGACGCAGGUGAAGGUGUGGUUCCAGAAUCGGAGGACAAAAUACAAACGGCAGAAGCUGGAGGAGGAAGGGCCUGAGUCCGAGCAGAAGAAGAAGGGCUCCCACCAUAUCAACCGGUGGCGUAUCGCCACGAAGCAGGCCAACGGGGAGGACAUUGAUGUCACCUCUAAUGACUAGGGGAACAAUCAUGAGCCCACAAGGGCAGAGCAUUGCUUGCUGCUGGCCAGGGCCCCAGGGGGCCCAAGCUGGACUCUGGCCAGUCCCUAGCCAGGCUGCAGGGAGGCCUCGAGUCACGGCCCCACAGGGCUUGGAGCCUGGGGCCAUCACUGUCAGAAGGACAAGAAAAUGGGCUGGCUGAGGCCUGGGACUGCUCAGCCUUCUGGUGGAGAGCCUGCUGCUUGGGUGGGCCACCAUCACUGCAGCCUCCCAGCUGCUCUCCAUGUCUCUUUUUGUCUUUGUUUUGAGACAUUUCUGUUUUAAUUUAUUUUCCAGGUACCUACUAUAGUUCUUAGUGAUCCUCUCAUGCCCCCUUCCCUAUGGGAAUAAUAAAAAUCUCUCUCUUAAUUGCACAACCAUCAUCUUCAACUGUAGAGCCUGGGCGGGUGGGUUGCAGUUCCCAGUGCAGUGGGGGCGGUCAGCAAGGGUGCUCAGGGCCCAGGAGCCUGAAGGGAAGCCUCGCUGGGUCUUUGCAAACUCAUGGAGGGUCAGAAGGGCGGAAAAAUCCUUACACAUACAGACUCGAGUGGCUUCUCCAGCUGAGGAGAAUCCAGACGAAGGAGUCCUGGGAGUGGGUUAAGGUGGGUCCAAGUCCAGGCCUUGCACAGAUGUGCGCAUGUCCAGGAGAAUCCGAGGCAGCCUUAUUUUUUAAAUUCAAAUGCGAGAUCUUACUCUGUUGCCCAAACUGGCUUCCUAGUCACAUCAAUCCCCCUGCCUCAGCCUCCUGGGUACUGGAUUGUAAGUAUGAGGACACACCUAGUGUCCAUGGGCUUAAUGGUGAGCUUGCAGAGGUCAUCGGCAGAGAAAGGCAGGACAGGUCCAGUGAACUCUUGUCCUUCUGCCCUUCAGUUUGUCUGUGUGUCCUUCCCCCUCGACACACUUCCUCCAUCCUGGAGAAGUUCGAUUUGUGUUUCCAGCAGUCUCCCCAGCCAACACCCAGGCCUGCCUCUACUUUAUCUCCCAUGAACUCCCCAACCGUCCGCUCUAGCCCUCUGCUGGCAUAAAUGGCAGUCACCAACUACUGUCCCAGUUCCCCUUGCAGCCACACCCAUGCACUCCCUCCCUGAGCUAACCUGUUUCUCCACCUGCAGGAAUGACCUCCUUUUCUCCCAAACCCCCCAUGUUUCCAUUUUGGGUCCCUCGGCUCCGCUUCCUCUGGUCCAUCCACACCUCAUGUCUGUUCUACCCAGCUAGAUUCCAGACCAGACAGUGGUGUCCAGUCACGCUUGGUCAAUGCAGCCCCCACAGCAUCCCUGCC